CAAAUGCUGACUUUGCCUUAAAUGUAAAACAGCUAAUGGCUUUAGCAUUUGUACCGAUACCUGACGUUGAAAAAAAAUUUGACGAGUUAAUGUCCCAAAGUUUUUUUGUAGAAAAUGAAGAACUAUUGUUUCCAUUGACAGACUACUUUGAAGAUACAUGGAUCGGCAGACCAAAUAGACGUAGAACUCGACGCCCACCUACAUUUAGUUUAGCACUGUGGAAUCAAUACGACGCAACACUUGCAGAUUUGCCAAAAACAAACAACUCCGUCGAAGGAUGGCACAGAGCAUUUUCGUCAUUGUUAGGUGCAUCUCAUCCAACAAUAUGGCGAUUAAUAGACGUAAUAAAAAAAGAACAAGGGUUAACGGAAAUAAAAAUCAAUCAAUUAAUAGCAGGGCAAGAACAG